CUUCAAUCUAACUGAGAUUUUCUUCUUUUUUUCACAAAGUUUUUGAACAAAUAUGGCUUCCCUUCUCUUUUCACUUUCUUUUAUAUUAAUUUUCUCUUUGUAUAAUAGCUUUGCUUUUGGUAAUACUGUUCCAUAUCUUGAUGAUCUACUAGAAAAUGGAAACUUUGAGCAAGGGCCAAAACCAUCAAACAUGAAGAAAACAGUGAUCAUUGGUAAACACUCCUUACCCAAAUGGGAAAUCAAUGGUAUAGUGGAGUGGGUAUCCGGUGGGCCCCAGGAAGGCGGAUUCUACUUUCCGAUCCCUCGUGGGGCCCACGCUGUCCGACUCGGGAACGAGGCUUCCAUCUCUCAAUAUGUGAAGGUGAAGCCAAACAUAAUAUAUUCACUCACAUUUGGAGCCACCAGGACUUGUGCUCAAGAUGAGGUCCUUACCGUCUCCGCGGGAGGCGUGUCAAGUGAUCUUAACAUUCAAACAUUGUACAGUGCUGAUGGUGGUGACACUUAUGCUUGGGCAUUCAAAUCAACAUCAGAUCUUGUUAAGGUCACAUUUCACAAUCCUGGUAUGCAAGAAGAUCCAACAUGUGGACCACUUAUAGACCAUGUUGCAAUCAAAGAAAUGCCUAUGGCAACAUAUACUAAAGGUAACUUGGUGAAAAAUGGAGGAUUUGAACUUGGUCCUCAUGUAUUCAAGAACUUCUCGACAGGAGUGCUCGUCCUGCCUUUGAAACAGGACAAGUACUCACCAAUUCCAGGAUGGAUGGUUCAGUUUGCAAAACCAGCAAAAUACAUAGACUCGAAACAUUUCUUCGUGCCUUCAGGAAAUGGAGCUAUUGAAUUAAUAGGAGGAAGGGAAACAGGCAUUGCACAGAUCGUACGAACAAUCCCAAAACAGUUCUACAACCUGACUUUCACAAUAGGCGAUGCACAGAACAAAUGCCACGGAUCAAUGACAGUUCAAGCAUUUGCUGGCAAGUCUAGUACACAAGUUUCCUUCGUAUCGAAUGGAAAGGGAUGGUGCAAGACAGCAAGCUUCAAGUUCCAGGCUGAUACAAGUAGGACAACAAUAGCUUUCUAUAAUCCAUACUAUCACACGAAGAUACACGACUUUGGUCAUAUGUGUGGACCUGUCAUCGAUGAUGUUAGUCUCGUUCAUGUCCGUAAAUAAACAGAAUGAAGUGAUCAUACUCAGAAAAGGUUCAAUAUCAAGACAAGUUUUUAACAGGAAUAGAUUUUUCUCUUAGUUUUUCACUCCAAAUACGAACGAUAUAUCCAAUAAAAGUGUAAAAUCCCUUUCUUUAUUCCUUGUGUUAGUCCUAAAGUGCAUACACGUAUCCUAUCUAUCCGGACCUCGUUUGCGGGAUUA